GCUUGACCCAGCUCCUUCAUCCUUUUCUUCGUUAACAUUAUCAUAUUCGUUUCGGCGCUCCUUUCUAGUCCGCGGACACUCUUUCACGGAAUGAGCAAAAACAUUGCCCUUCUCCCGAUUACCUCACCAACUGCACACACCUACCAAUUCGAAUCUCAACAACCGCUUUCAGCGUCAGAUAUCAUUACCAAAAGGCGUAUGCGGCUGGUGGAUUUGACUGUCGACAUUCCUUCUUCAUCUCGCACAACAUCCAUUCCCAAUGAAGGGGCCAAGAAUCCUAGCCGGUGGCAAACGUUGGAAUUCAAGUUUUACUACUUGGUGGUCUGUUUGGUGAUCCCGAUCAUGUUCUGGAUACCAAUGAAUCUGAGCAGUCCUUCACAUCCAGCUUACCCUUUCUAUAGCGCAAGGCUUUCUGACGGCUGGCUAUUCCACCGAAAACUCGAUAAUAGCGACGCUCAAUACCGAUCUUUUCGAAAUAACAUCCCCGUCCUGACUAUCGUUGCCUCCAUUUUGUUCCUUGCGAAGUACCUUUGGAAACGUGCGUUUUGGACUUCUGCACACAUGUCGCGAGACAAUCUCCAUCUUCUACCGUUCAAUCUCGUUUUCUCUCUCCUUUUUUUGGCUGGGUUACAUGGAACAAGCAUCAUCAAAAUCUUGCUCAUAUUAACGGUCAACUACUCACUUGCCAAAGCGUGCAAAUCUUCUAAGGCUGGUCCAGUGCUGACCUGGGCGUUCAAUGGAUUUGUGCUGUUCAUGAACGAUAGAUACCACGGCUACCGUUUUGGUGACAUCCUGCCUUCUCUUGAAAUUUUGGAUGCGUUCGUAGGCUUCUAUCCGAGGUGGCACAUAAGCUUCAAUGUUACCAUGCUACGACUCAUCUCCUUCAACAUGGAUUACUAUUGGAGUUAUAAAGCAACUGGGGGGAAUGAGACAGGCAAAGUCCUUGACGAACGACAGAGACAGUCGGUAUCUCAUCCGGGCGAGAUGUACACUUACUCGUACUUCAUUACUUACGCACUCUACUGUCCACUUUACAUUGCUGGACCUAUCAUGACGUUCAAUGACUUUCUAUGGCAGUUUCGUCAACCACCGCAAAUCUCCCGCUCCACGAUUAUUCGGUACUCGAUGCGCUUCCUCGCGUGUCUUAUGACCAUGGAAUUCAUUCUCCACUAUAUGUAUGUGGUCGCGAUAAAGGAUAAGAAGGCGUGGGUCGAGUUCAGCCCUGUAGAGAUCAGUAUGGUUGGGUUUUGGAACUUGAUCAUAGUUUGGUUGAAGUUGCUUAUUCCGUGGCGAUUCUUCAGGCUGUGGGCACUGGCAGACGGCGUAGACGCACCAGAGAACAUGGUCCGUUGUAUGGCCAAUAAUUACUCAUGUUUCGGAUUUUGGAGAAGUUGGCAUCGUAGCUAUAACCUUUGGAUCAUACGGUAUAUCUAUAUACCGUUGGGAGGGACCAAGAACGUGUUUGUGAACAGUGUUCUGGUCUUCACAUUCGUCGCCCUAUGGCACGAUUUAACCUUCAAACUAUUGGCAUGGGGUUGGCUCGUCAGCCUGUUCAUCCUCCCGGAGAUGCUGGCCCGAUUUCUCUUGCCCGCCUCUCGGUAUGGUACUCAAACAUGGUACCGUCAUGCAUGUGCCCUUGGCGCUGUUAUGAACAUACUCCUUAUGAUGACUGCAAAUUUGGUUGGUUUCGUGAUAGGCACUGACGGGAUGCGGUUCUUUAUCAAUCAGCUUUUCGAAACUCUUGCGGGUUACAAAUUCCUCGCCGGCGCGCUUUGUUGUUUAAUCGUGGGAGCGCAACUCAUGUUUGAGUACAGGGAGGAAGAAAAACGGGCAGGAAUUCAUCGGAGGUGCUGAGGGGCUUUUAGAACAUUCGCAUGUUCUGGAUUAUUUAUUGACAUAGGAUGAAUAUUAAUGAAUGGGACGUUCUUGGUUAAGGAACGAUCAUCAGCAUCAGAGUGUAGGCAUGACUGCCUCACAGCCUAA